AUGGAGAGAGGGGAACUCCACAAGGAGCAAGGGAACAAGAUAGCAGCCAUUGCAGUGGAAGCUCUAUAUGUCCGGUACAAAGAGAGGCUGAGGGAGGUUGGAGGUGCAGGAGACAUUGUCUCAAUCAUGAUAGGCAAUCUGAAAGGCACCAAAAUUCUGCAGUCCAUUCAAAGAGGCAUCCAGGUGACCAUGGUCAUUGAAGUCGGGAAAAAACACGGCCCCUGGAUGAAUCAUUACUCGAUCUUCUUUGUCUCGGUGUCCUUCUUUAUCGUGACGGCCGCAACCGUGGGCUACUUUAUCUUUUAUUCGGCUCGAAGACUGAGGAAUGCCCGGGCUCAAAACCGGAAACAGAGACAACUGAAAGCCGAUGCUAAAAGAGCUAUUGGGAAGCUUCAGCUUCGGGCUCUGAAACAUGGAGACAAGGAAACCGGACCUGAUGGGGACAGCUGUGCUGUGUGCAUUGAAAUAUUUAGGCCGAAUGACAUAGUCCGUAUCUUAACAUGCAACCAUCUUUUCCACAAGACCUGUAUUGACCCUUGGCUCUUGGAACACCGGACUUGCCCAAUGUGCAAAUGUGAUAUCCUCAAAGCUUUGGGAGUUGAGGCUGAUGUGGAAGCGGGGACUGUGUCCUUCCAAACCGCUGGCUCCAACCCUAACAUCAAUGGAUCGCCAGAAACUUACUCCCCUCGUGAAGAUGACAGCCACAGCGAGACAGCCUCUUCUGGGUAUGCUUCGGUCCAAGGUGCAGACGAGCCACCCCUGGAGGAGCGUGCUCAGGCCCAGACUGAUCAUCUGCGUCUAGUCAACCACGACGCAAGUUCUGUGGCAGUGGAUAUCCUUCCCCAGCUUGACAACCCCGCAUUUGAAGCAGAUGAGCUAAAUGUUCCUGAAGCUCCCAUUCAUCAAAUUAAGUCAUGAAAUGUGUACUGAUGGAAAACUUGAAGCUUUGGUUCAAGAUAGAAUUGCCAACCAGAGUACAUUUUGCUAGUAAUGACCUGGUUUAACAUAGCAGCAGGAAUACUGGAGAUGUUAAGAUUAUUUAAUAGAUCACGCUUAAAUGGCUCAUAAUAUUUAACCUAUUAAACUAUCUCAUUUUCCACCAGCUCAUGUUAACACUUCAUAGGGAAGAUUCCUCUCACCAGUUUGUGAUGGAGACUUUCAAUGUUCAGGAGAGCUUUUCAAAGGAUUGUCUUUGCAUUAGCAACAAUUUUCUUAGGGAAAAGUUUGCGUUGAACUAUGGAGCAGCUAAAAUGACCUUAUGGUAGUCCUUUGCUUUAAUUUUUUUUAAAUCUGUUGGAGACCAGAAAGACAUCCACUUGUCUCCAAAUAGUCCUGUUGAUCUGAUUUCAAAAUCAAUGCAAACAUUAGAUAAAUAACUAUUUAAUGAAAUGCCUGCUUUAGCCACAUAAAUUAACUUGCAAAUUCAAAUUCAAGCGCCAUUUAGUAAUUUUGGAUUCUCAAAAGCAGGUUAAACAGAAAUUCACAAGUGAGAUGUCUGUUUUCAGACAUAGAUGAACUCCUUACCAGAAUUUGGAAGAAUCUGGCAUAUAUUAUUUACUAGCCAAAAUUUUAGUAGAGAUAAAAGCCCUUGGGGAAAAAAAUCAGUCCAUUUCUGCAAGCAUUUGAGUCACAUGCCAUGGGCCCAUUUUUAAAAGCACACUAUAUAAAUUGGCACAUAAUUUUAGAUGUGAAUGUAGGAGAAUAUGACAAUCUGGCUGAUACAUUCAUUUUUGUCUACAAGAAUGAAUCUACAAAGUGACUUGUGAAGAGUGUGGUCCUUGGAAGUGGUGACAUUAAAUUUCACUUAGCUGAAUUGAAAUUGCAGGAGUUGAACCACAAUUCUUUAAUGUAGCUAUAAGCUUGUUAGAUAGAUUUUCUUGAAGUUUGCAGGAGAAGGGAGAGGAUGCCAGGUGCCUUAAAUAUAAAGUUUGCUUCAUCCACCAAAGCUAACUAGUGAUACUUCAAAAUGCACUUUAUUUUUAUUCUCUGUGGCUUAUCUUUUACUUUAAGAUAUUUUGCUUGUUUUUAACUGCCCCCCCCCCUUCCCAGUACUGACGCUUGCAGAAUUUCACCAACUAACGUAUUUUGUUUGAUGUAUUUGAAAAGAAUGAAAUCAUCUCAUUCUAACUUGGAUAUUGUGAUUGAAGUACUGUAAAUAUGUUCAUGAUUUGUAUUGACUUUCUUGGAAACUAAUGUAAAUAAGAUAAUAAAAGUCAUGCAUAUUAA